UCGACUUUUUCAUUCAUUCAACGUCGGACAUAUUGUCUCGACCUUCAACAAUACGGAAUCUUCUUUCGCACGAUCAGCGCGAUUGAUCCUAUUGUUCGACCACACGAUUCACGGCUCUCCGAUCUUCGUUCGCUGGCCCUGCCACCUUCUUCAUCAAACAACACACUUUUUCGUCCGCCUCACACCCUGUCCCCAAUCAACAACCUCUGCGCACACUCACUAUCAAACCCCCAUCGUCUCCUGCACGGAGACACAAUCGCUGAAUUCUUCAUAACUUCAUUUAAUCCCUCAUACGUUCUUGUAACUUCUCCCGUUCAUCGCUGGGCGUCGUCUUUCAAGAUGGCCCCGGCACGUCACGAGACCCCUGCAGGAGCAGGUCCUCCAAAGGAGAUCACCACCAAAACUUCAUCUACCUACGGUACGAGAUCAUCGAAGCGCAAAUCUGGCGAUAUCAGUACAAAUGGCGACUCGCAAAACCCUUCUUCCAGCCCGUCGCAAAAAUCGGCCGAAGCCUCGGAGCCCAAGCUGCCAACCGCCAAGAAGCGUCGCUCGUCAUCGAAUUCAAUUCAACAGCCUGUCAAAACCUCAAAAUCAACUACUCCAACGGAACCUGAGUCACAAUCUCCAGUUUUGCCUGAAAUUUCUGAAAUUCCCGAACUCACAGUCGAUAGCCCAAGUGGUUCUUCUGCUGUUGAUGAAGGCGCAUCCCCGGCCAAGUCAGUCGGCUGGGAGGAGCCACUUGUUAUUCCCGAAGAAUCUGUAGUUUCUCAAGUUAUUGCGCCUGUCACUCGUGGCCGAGGAGGUUAUCGAGGACGAGGGGGCAGAGGGGGCAGAGGAGGCAGAGGUCGCGGCGGUCGUGGCGGUCGUGGACGAGGCCGAGGUGGUCGUGGUGGGCGAGGUGCUUCGGCACUCAGCGGCCACAACACCCCCAACGCUGCUUCUACUCCCAUUGCAAAGGGCCGUGGUGGAAUUCGAGGCAGAGGCCGCGGUCGUGGUCGAGCCAGAAACAUCGCGCCUCCCGCAAUCCGUUCACUCUACGAUCGCAAACAAGAGUUGAAGAAUCAGUACGCAGCAAUCGCCCAGAUCCAACGGGCUGCUCUCAGCGUCCUGUCCGAGAAGAGCUUGACCAGACUCACGAACGAUCCGAAGUAUCACGAAACUCUCCCUGAGUUUGAAAGGGUUCAGAAUACGCUCAAGCAAAAUUACGAUCAGCACCUUCUCAAUCUCCAGCAAGAGUACGACCGCAAGAUGGCCUACUUGCAUUUCCAGAAGGAAACAAACGAUGACUAUGAAAGAGUUAGACUCUUCAAUUUCGUUGAUGAGACGCUCGCUCUUUAUGAAACCCGGAUCAAAGAGCAUGCUCUCUAUGUCUACCAUCAAGGUGCCAAACCUAGCAAACUCGAUGAGAUACCAUUUUCCGGAGGAGAGGACGGAAGAGUUGUCAAGACACUCGACCCAGUUGAACAGAUUAUUCCUGAUGUUGGUCUUGGACCUUUCGCAGUGCCAACAAAAGCUGAUCCGGCAGCAAAAUUUGCCGAAGGAGACAACUACUUUGAGCAGCACCCAGCCAAUUGGUGGGCGGCCAAAACCUCAGAGGAGAAGCAAAAGUAUGAGAAGGACUGGAAACAGCGCAAAGCAGACAAGAUCGCACGAGAUGCGAAGAGGAAGUGGGGCAAGACGAAGAGCAAAAAUCUUGCUGGGGGCGAGCCCGAGGCAGAGUCAACCGCUGCAAACGCCUCGAAGAAUGACCAGGAUCAAAGCCCCGAAUCUUCUGGAGAUGAGGGCGAUGCUAACUCUGGCUCACCGAAGGCUACUGGCGCCUCAGCCGGAGCUGCAGCUGAUGAGCAGUUUGACGACGACGAUGCCCAAGCUCAACCACUUGAUGCAUUUGGUUUCCAGGUCCCUCGAUUGUCAGCAAAACACAAUAACAGAAUUGUCGGUCCCCCUCCAGUCAAGUAUGACGAAAUCGAGAUCGGUAACCGCAUCACCAAAUCCAAGAAGGACAACCCCAACCAUAGAUAUGGCCAGACUUCAGCCAACCCGAGAAAGUUCUAUCACGACCAGAAUAUCCACCAAUGCAAUGCGGCCAAGAACGAUCCUGAGGAUCUUGAUCAGACACUUGUCGAGAAGCACAAGCUACACCCCAAGUUCGGCCUCGCUUUGCCAGAUUCACUGAAUCCGGAUGAACCAGUCAAUGAUUGGAAGGCUCCUCUCAAGGACACCAACCCGGUCAUGUUCAUCCAGGACCCACGCCCCGACACUGAUCGUGCUCGAGAGGUUUUCCUUACUACCCGAUCUCAAUGGAUGGCUAAGGCUGAUCAAAAAUUUGAGACGGUCGUCCACAACAUGAAGGUGCGAGGAGUACUCGCAAAGAGCGGCGACCUGGAACUUCCACCUGAGCCAGUCGAGCCUGAAGUACCGGAACCGCCUCAAAUCAUCGAUCCGACCUUGAUCAGCGCUGUUGAACGAGCUGAGGCAAUCAGACAGGAGGAUGCAAGACAAGCCGCUGUUGCAGCUCACCACGCGCAGUUCAGCCCACCACCACCACCCGCCCGUGUGAAUCCGCCAACACCUCAACGCUACGACCCGGUUCGUGAUAGGACCUAUAGGACUCCCUAUGCGCCUGUUCCUCCGCCACCUGCUCCCAGAGGUGAAUUAGAUCGGCUUGCCGAUGCAGCCAUAAUUCACCCACAACUCCCCGGUCCGAUGACCUACGCUUUACCUCCAGCUCAAUACGGCAUGCAGCAACUUCUACCUGCGCCUGCUCCUGCUCCACAGUAUACCUCGAUGUAUCCUCCACUUGGAGCACAAUACCAAGGAGGACCCGUCGCCGCCCCUCGUCCCGGCCCCGCUCCGCCCACCGCUGGUGGUAGCCGGCACCGCGAGCUCCGCCCAGCGCCUCCUCAGAACCGUGGUCCUCCUCCUCCUCCCCCUCCUCCGCCACGAUGGUAUUAGAUUUCAACAUGUUACUGUUCCCCGGGACAUUCCAAAAUGUAAAAUAGAAUAGCUUUCCACUGUAUAUAUGAAUCAAAUGCUG